CUUUAUUUGUGGUUAGCUUGUACGAGAUGCAGUGCAGUGUAGCAACAUUUCGAAUCGGGGUUGGCAAUUUCAUAGUGACGACCGAAGUGUGACGUCAGUUUUUACCCAAAUAAGAAAUUCCGGUUUUAUCACUUUGCCAGACAGCUUGCGAUUUAAUAUGGAUGUCGACUUGUUUACGUAGUGUGUAACAGUUUCGCACCCUAGAUGGUGUUGAUAACACAUACAAUGAAUUUACCCGGCUGAAUUUCUAAUGUGUCGGUUUCACAUAUUUAAAGGACAAAACGAUUAGUAAACUGGAACUACAAAUCCUAUCCAUUUUAGUCGUAAACCAAAAAAAAAAUGAACCUGAAGUGAUCUUGAAAGCUGACAACACUUCGGUGGUCUAUAGUAGCUUAAUUGCCAAGUAAAGUUACCAAGGGGGAGUGCAGACCAAUGUGCAGACAGAACGAUUCAUUUUAAAGCUGGCAAGAUGAGCGAACAGACGCUGGACUAUCUCAGCAAAGGGAAAAUUAAAGAGAGAGAUGCUGCGAACGUGGAGUGGUACCAUGCUGCCAACAGCAAGGCCAAAAUCACCAAAGCACUUAAAAGUUCUGCACAAAUGAUUGAGGCGGACAUUAUUAUGAGAGGCCACGACCCCAAAGAGCCAAUCAUGGCCCAUCCCCCUCAGACCGACAGUGACAUCACCUUCUGCGAUUGGCUGAAGGAGGUGAUGGCGUCUGGCAAGGGAAUAAAAUUAGACUUCAAGAGCCUUCAGGCAGUGGCGCCCUCUAUGCAGCUGCUGGGGGAAGUGCGGGCGCAGCUGCACGUUCCUGUGUGGAUCAAUGCGGAUAUUCUCCCUGGUCCCGGUGGGAAGGCGACCCCUCUAGAAGCCCAGGCUUUCUUAGAGGCAGUGGGGCCCGGGCACCCCGGUGAUGUUCUGUCCCUCGGCUGGACCACGGGCUGGAGUCCCAACACGGACAACCCCGGAUACAGCUGGGAGAUGGUUCGUGAGAUGGAGGAGGUGUGUCGGCUUCUGAAGCAGCCAAUCACUUUCCCUGUACGAGCGGCUCUUCUCCCACAGUCCUACGCCCAGCUCAGCUGGCUCCUGCAACAGUCUGACAGGUACACCCCCGUGCAGGUGUGACAUUUCCACAGUGCU